AUGGGGGUGCUGCGUCAAGGGGUGCUGAGCCUGCGGGUGCUGAGCCUGGGGGUGCUGCGUCUGCUAGUCGUCCUCCGGGUGCCUCGCCACUGCGGUUUAGAAAGCGAGAGCCUCUCUCGCCAUAGCAGCUGCGGGAGUGGUUCGCUCAGCGCACUCGCCUUCGGAGUUGCGCUACUGGAGCUGGAGGCGCUUGCACUGGAGACGCUGGAGCUGGAACUGGAGGUGCUGGAGCUGGAGGAACUGACGAUGGGGGCGCUGGAGCUGGAGGUGCUGGAGCUGGAGGCCCUGACGAUGGAGGCGCUGGCGCGGGAGGCGCUGGAGCUGGAGGUGCUAGAGCUAGAGGCACUGGCGCUGGAGGCGCUUGAGCUGGAGGCGCUAGAGCUGGAGGCGCUGGAGCUGGAGGCGCUGGAGCUGGAGGCACUGGCGCUGGAGACGCUCGAGCCGGAGGCACUGGAGCUGGACACACUGGCACUGGAGGCGUUGGAGCUGGAGGUUCUGGAGCUAGAGAUACUGGAGCUGGAGGCCCUGUGCAGCAGCGACCGUUUUUCUUGCCGCCGCCGCAGCUGUCCUCACUACCACCUACCGCCCGAGUCGGUGCUCUGUCAGGUUCUUAGUCUUCCUUCGUCCACUGCCCUUCCUCCAGACUCACCGCUGCCUGCCCCACCUCGUUACACUGAGCAGCCAGUCUCCCUUUCAGAGUGUCGUGAGCCUGCGUCUCGUCCUGCCUCCCCUGUUUGCACUGUUCGCCGUGCUCGUCGUGUCCCUCGUCCGCGUCCUCCUCCUGUGCCAGGUACUCACACUAUGGCACUUCGUCCUUCCUCUGCUCCACAGCGCGUCCCUCUGCCGUCUCCUCCUGCGUCCUCUCUUCAUGACGUUCUAGACUCUGAGUCUGACCAUGUUUUUGCUGCUAGUCCCACUGUCACGCGUCUCCUCGCCACAGUCAACACUAGCCUGACGUUUGAGUCUACUACUACGUCUGCCUUAGUUGCUGAGCUUGUGGACUUUGCUGCUGCGUGUCGUCUAGACUACGCCGCUAGUCUUGUUGCUGAGUCUGAGUCUGUCUGUCCUCCGUCCGUCGGGGGUGAGUGUGCUAUUGGCACGGACGUCCUUGAGGAUAGGCAGGAGGACUUUGAGUGUCUUGCAGCUGCUGUACCUCAUCUUGUGGCCUGGCUGCUUGCACUUGAGGGAGACCCGGAUGCACUGGACAUCCCGACCCCGCGCUCUUACGCAGAGGCGAUUUUGGGUCCCUACUCCUCUCAGUGGCAGACUGCCAUGGACGCAGAGAUGGCAUCCUGGAAGUCCACAUGCACUUACGUCGACGCAGUUCCCCCUCCUGGGGCGAACAUAGUCGAUGGCAUGUGGAUUUUCACGGUGAAGCGGCCGCCGGGUUCUCCGCCUGUCUUCAAGGCUUGUUACGUUGCUCGAGGCUUCAGUCAGCGUCAGGGAGUUGACUACUUCCAGACCUUCUCCCCUACCCCGAAGAUGACCACUUCCAAGGUGCUGCUGCACGUUGCCGCUCAGCGUGACUACGAGCUUCACUCUCUUGAAUUCAGCACAGCUUUCUUACAGGGCAACCUGCACGAGGAGAUCUGGCUGCGCCGCCCACUUGGCUUCACUGGGUCGUUUCCUGAGGGUAUCCAAUGGAGCCUCAGGCGGCCAGUCUACGGUCUCCGCCAGGCACCUCGUGAGUGGCACGACACACUGAGGAUGACGCUUGCGGCUCUCGGGUUUGCUCCUUCGACUGCUGACUCGUCGCUGUUUCUGCGCACCGACACUUCGCUGUCGCCGUUCUACAUCAUCGUGUACGUCGACGACUUGGUCUUUGCCACUGCUGACACUGAGGCAUUGGCCCGUGUGAAGUCGGAGCUGCAAAAGAGACACACGUGCACAGACUUGGGCGAGCUGCGCAGCUAUCUUGGCUUUCAGAUGACUCGGGACAGAGCACGCCACACAUGGUGCAGCAAGUCCUUCAGCGCUUCGGCUUCGAGUUCUCCUCACCACAGUCCACUCCUCUGCCUACCGGUCACUCCCUCUGAGCUCCACCUUCAAACGAGUCCGUAG